AUGUCAAAAAAUGUCGUAACAGGUUAGGAGAAUAUACCCAGCAGUUUAGGAUAAUUAACGUACCGGGUUAGGAGAAUUAGGUUAAUAUUAUGAAAAAGGGUUACGGGUAGAUAAAAUUGGUUUUUUUAUUAUUUUGUUUUACUUUUGACGUUAAAUUGACAUAAAGUGUAUCCCAUCUAGCAGUGACCCGCGCGUCGUCGACUGCAGCCUUGCGUGACAACACCAGAAAAGGGGGAUUCGUGUAUCGCGUAAUGCUGUUUAUUCUGUCUCUCGACAAUUUGUUAUUCUCGAAGGGGGGGGGAAUCGUAUAUUUUCACGUUUAAUCGACACGUCGAACAAUGUGAAAUGUUCUAUUUUGUGUUGUAAAGUGGAUAAAAGUUAAGGAAAACCUUGAAAUGGAGGCUUGCUGAGCAAAAUGGCUGGGCGCACUGAAAUGUGAAACAUUUGUAAGGUUAAACAGUAUCAGCAGAAAUAACUGGCACGCAAGGGCGCAGAAAUACCUUCUUUUUCCACCUCUGGAUGUGAAACAUCACUGUAAGCCAGUUAUAAAUAUCCCUAAAUAAACCUGCAAUCAUGGGUGAAUUCCUGAAAUACAUCGACUACGAUCACAAGACCAGUUUCCUGAAGAUGUUGAACCAGCAGAGGAUGGAAGGGGACCACUGUGACGUCGUGGUUGUGGUGGAAAACGUUGAGUUCAGAGCUCACCGCUGUGUCCUGGCCGCCUGCAGCAUCUACCUCAAGAAGCUGUUUAAAAAACAGAACGAUGUGGACAACUCCAUCGUGGAGCUCGACUUCAUCCGUUCAGACAUCUUCGAGGAGGUCCUCAAUUACAUGUACACCGCCAGGCUCGCCGUCCGCAAAAAGGACAUCAACCUCAUGAUGUCAUCCGGACAGGUCCUGGGGAUCACGUUCCUCGACAACCUGUGUUCACAGAAACGUGAGCCCAACAUGAAGCCGAGUCGUGAGAACCAGGCGCCAGGGGACGGUAUGAGAGCCCAGGACGCCAUUUUGAAAGAGUUGGCCAUGGAGGAGGUGAGGAAGAACAGUUUCUACGAUGGAGGGAUGGAGGCCAUGGGCUCCGGGGGGCCUCACGGGGUCCCUCCUCACUUCGGCGGGAACAUGUCUAAAGACCCCCACAGCGCCCACGGCUGGACCUCCUCUUCCUCCUCCUCCAGCGAUAUGAAGCUUGACUACCUGCUGUACGGCCACCGCUCUGACGGCAUCCACCCGGGAAUGAAACCAGGCGGAGACGGCCCCAAGAAAGACAAGUCCCACCUGGCCCACCGUCCGUUCGCUUGCGAGGUGUGCCCCAAAACCUUUACCACCCAGGCCCACCUCAAAGAGCACCUGAAGAUCCACACGGGCUUUAAACCGCACCGCUGCCUAGUCUGUGGCAAGGCGUUCAUACGAGGGCCCGACUUAAAGCGGCACGAGAGGGUCCACAGCAACGAGAGACCCUUCGGAUGCCAGAUGUGUGAAAAGGCCUUCAAGCACAAGUCUCACCUGCGAGACCAUGAGCGGCAGCACCGAGGGGAGAGGCCCUUCAACUGCGGCUCCUGUGAAAAGGCGUUCAUCAAAGCGUCCGACCUGAAGCGCCACUGGAACACGAUGCACAGCCAGCGCAGAACGCUGUCCCCUGCCGCCGCCGCCCCGGGCAGCAUCCAGGGAGACGCCGACACGCAGAGCCAGAGGGACUGGAAGCUAGAGGCUGGGCCACACUCGUAAGGACAGACUGUUACACACACACACCAAGCAUACAUAGUGACAAACACACACACACCAAGCAUACAUAGUGACACACACACACACCAAGCAUACAUAGUGACACACACACACACCAAGCAUACAUAGUGACACACACACACACCAAGCAUACAUAGUGACACACACACACACCAAGCAUACAUAGUGACACACACACACACCAAGCAUACAUAGUGACACACACACACACCAAGCAUACAUAGUGACACACACACACACCAAGCAUACAUAGUGACACACACACACACCAAGCAUACAUAGUGACACACACACACCAAGCAUACAUAGUAACACACACACCAAGCCUACAUAGUGACACACACACACACCAAGCAUACAUAGUGACACACACACCAAGCCUACAUAGUGACACACAGACAUGAAUACACGGCCUGUGAUAUGUAUUGAUGUGUGAUAUCCUGAUGAGAAGACGAAAGGAUCGUAACUUGUCUGUUACUGGCAUGACCCAAUGGACUCUAAUCUGAUCCUGUUGAAUCGUUGAGCUAUGUAUGUUUUUCAUUUAUCCCCCCCCCCCCAAAAAAAAAAAAAAUAAUGUAAAAAAUAAUAAUAAUAAUCAUGUAAAACUUUUACUUGUCUAUGUACUUCUACGACCAGUAUAUUUUUCACAGGAAAAAACAUUGUUACUAUUUAGACAGAUACGGGGAGGAGGGAGGGAGGAGGGGGGGGUUCUUCUCUAUAAUAAUAAUUAUUAUAACUUUAUUACACUUUAUCUGUAACAUUUUUAAGUGUUUUUAUUUUUGUUUAACCUUCCUGGAUUUUAAGAGAGAGAGAAGAAGAAGAAGAAGAGAGAGAAGAAGAAAACGAUUCUCUGCAUAAAAUGUGUUGUUCCGUAUAUUCUCCUACAUGUUGAUUUUUAUUUUUUAAAUGGAUGUUUAGUUGUGCUGAUUUGAUUGAUAUUUACGCUGUAACCAGAGUCACCAUUCUUCAUUUUGAUACAGGUUAAAUAGCAACGUCUUGGGCCUGUUGUUGUUGUUGUUGUUGUUGAUGAUAGACAGCAAGGCUCCCGAGUCAAUUCUGGAAGUUAAAAGUUUAAAAAAUCCAACCUUUUGAUUUGACAAGCGAUGUGAAUCAUUGUCUGUUCACACCUUUUAGCAGCAUGAAUUCCGACUAGAUUUUACUGUUAUACAGUAUCACUAGCCCAUCAUCAAGAUACCAUCGGAGAGAGAGAGAGAGAGCACGUCUGUGUAUAUACUGUAGUGUGACUAGUUGCACAAUUUAAAACAUUUAGAACACAACACCGUUUUAUGCACAUUUAGCGUUGUUCUCUUACACACUGAAAAUAAAAACAUAUUUGAUGAGUUGA